ACCAGUCCGAUAGCAUGAAGCAGUCUGUGAAACUUUGAAAGAGGACACGAUAUCUCAGAGAAGUUGACAGUUCGAAGCAUUCUUCGUGAUAUCUACCCCGGAGAGCUUUUCUUCGUGCAUUAUUGCUAUAAAAAGGUCCGGAAACAUCAAGGGAACUGCUGCAGCAAUUCUGAAAGGAAGGGGAUCGGUUGCAGUUCUCGUAUUGGAUUGCACGGUCGCCGUUUUGUUGAUAUUCUUCAGGUAUUGCCAACGCGUAGCUGCUUCGGGUUCUCGACACUCGCCCGCAGAAUCUCACGUGGUUUGCUGGCAUUAAAUGUCCUAGAAGCGGAGUCAUGAAGUCAUUAUCUCUUCUUCUCUGCCUGUUCCUGUGGGAGGUUCCCGUGAACGGAGGGAGGAGCGGGAACGACGUCUUGCAGACACUACGCGAAAGGCCUAAUGCCGUCGUGCAGCUGACAGAUCCAGAAACAAGGAUGGCCACUACUUCCUCUCUUGUUCAUGACGCCUUGAGAGCGCGUGACUCGGCCAGAAAGGUCCUCAUUGUCACGAAUGAUGCUAAGGACGCACAACGUUACGUGGAUUACUUCAGGACAACAAAUCCUCGUGUGAGCGUCAGUGUCAACCGCGGACCUAUCACCAACAGCGAGCUCCUCAACCGUGAAGUUACUAUCACUCCGGUCACCAAUUUUGUUCCGCAACUCCAAAGGGGUUCAUUUGGCCUUGACAAACUCCGACUCCUGGUUGUAGACGACGUUUCCACACUUCUAGAGAGCUCACGGAAAACCGUACUCCGGGAAAAAAUGAAACUAUCAAGACCAAUGAAGACAGUUGGCUAUUUUACAAAUCAACAACAUCUGGCCGCUGUUCAGGUUCUGGAGUCUAUAUUCAACGGAACAGCAUUGCAGGAAGCGCAGACACAGGGCCCUCCAGAGCACAGUCAGUCAGAUGCACCUCUGGACAAAGCUCUCACGCUGAGCGUAGCCGAGAAACAAGUCCUGAAUGUCAGUUUCCCGUACGACUUUGCCACCAAGUCUCUCGGAGGAUACAGGUUUAAGAACCAGGAUCUACUGGUCCGUGCGUUGCUGCAUCCCAAAUACAAAGCUAGACAAAGGAAGCAGAUGAAGACUACAUUCGAGCCCUUGGACUACAUCGGUAACUUCGUGCUCGACUUCGUUGUGUCCAGGCACAUUCUAAGGAAUGGUUCGAACAAGAGCAAGGCGCAAAUGCACGGCAUCAGAGCCCAGCUUCUGUGUCAACGGUCUUGCGCAUACUUUGCCGCGCACAACGGCUUUCAGGACUACGUCCUCAUCGACGAGGGCCGAGAAAAAAGUGAAAUGUUCAACUACGCACAAAAUGCCAAAAAUGCAGGAGUCGUUGAACAGGUGAAUGGAAGUUCUUUCCUGCACAAGUUCUUCAAGUCUGUUGCGGGUGCCAUCUACGUGGACAGCGGCUACAACCCCGACGUUGUUGAGAACGUUUAUUAUGGCUUCAUGAAGGCAGAUAUGGACAGGCUGCUAUCGCGUUGAUUGUCUCUUACGUGAACACAGGUUUUACUGCGGUAAACCUAGACAUUAUUUUGCUUGCGUACGGUGUAACAAUAUUCAUAACGGUAUGAUGUAAUGUAUACGUAGUCAUUGAUGAUAAAAAUUAACAA